UAAGUAAUUGAGUUCUCUUACGAAUAUAUGCCAAUUCCUUAUUCCCAAGCUUUUUUAAUAAAUACUCCGGUGAAAUGUACUCGGCGCAAAAGUAAAACUGAAAAUGUUGCUGGCGGUACUCUUUUCCAACGCGGAAGGCAAUAUCCUUCUCGAACGAUUUCAUGGUGUUCCAGCAGAGGAGCGCUUGCAUUGGAGAUCCUUCCUUGUUAAACUUGGAGCAGAUAACCUUAAAGGUGCAAAGAAUGACGAGCUGCUUGUAGCAUCUCAUAAGUCCGUCUAUAUUGUCUACACUGUUCUUGGCAACAUCUGCAUUUAUGUUGUUGGAAAAGAUGAAUACGAUGAGCUAGCUUUGGCAGAAGUUAUCUUUGCAAUAACAACAUCAGUGAAAGAUGCAUGCUCCACAAAGACCCCUACAGAACGUAUCUUCCUUGACAAAUAUGGAAAGAUUUGUCUCUGCCUGGACGAAAUUGUUUGGAUGGGAAUGCUCGAGAAUACGGAUAAGGAUCGUGUGAGAAGGCUCACAAGGUUGAAGCCCCUAGCUGAAGGGUGAUUAUACACAGAAAAUAUUCACCACAGAGUUAUAUGUGAUAUUCAUUGCAUUUAUAGUUUGUUUCUUGAACACUUCUGCACUGUGUUCUGAUGAGAAUAUACUGGGCAGUAGUUUUCUCAUAUUUUUAUUACCCUAAAAUGUGCUGUUAGUUGCAUACAAAUUGUUUUUUGAAAAUGGUGUUGAUCUAAAAGGUAUUCUUUGCAUUC